UGAAGUAGGUUGUUGCCUACAUGGUUGUAUACAAUGGUGUCAUUGGUUGUUGCGUCCCCUCCGACGAGAGGCACUAGACUGUACCCAUGUAUUGAAGAGGAAGAUGAGGAUGCAGUCCUGAGGGAAUGGCCAGAGGAGGUUGGUGACAUGAUGUCCUCUCUUGUUAAUGAUCUUAACCAACUCGAUGAUGAUGAUGAUAUUGCCUAUCCAAAGGAAACCCCACCGAAGCUCUUACAGGCUGUGCCCUCGAAGGGGCGUCCCUUGUCCAGGUCGGCAUCAACCUCAGCGAUAUUGCCUGUGGGUAGACGUCGUACCCCAACGGCUACUUCUGGAGGGAUGAGUGCUCGGCGAGGGGAUGAGGCUCUCCCGACUGUACAGGCUGUUAAGGCACUUCAUAAAUCGGUCCAGUUCGCCAAUUUACCACACAGAUUAUGGCCCGUAGUAGUGGAGUCAGCAUGGCCUCCCUCCUCUGGAAACAUGACGCCCUCUCCACCUCCUCCUAUCACCGAUCAUGCUCGGCUGCUACUCCGUCCUCCAGCUGCUGUCCAAGUCGACGAUCCCACGAUCGUCACAUUGGCUUGUCCCUUAUGCGAGUUGAGAAUCGUCAAGACUGAGCAGCAUGACGACACAGCCUGGAGUUGCCUCUACCACCAUAUACAAGAUGACCAUCACUGCAAUGACCUCCUUAGAGUUGUCGUAUUGGACAACCCAGCGUAUAUCCUCCAUUAUUGCUAUCGAACAGAAUGUUGGAAUCUUCCGACCAAGUCCUCAUCACGGUCUUCUCGAAGAGAGAGUCGUAUUGGCCUGAAGACUCCAGAGGGACCUGCUAAGGCGGCGCCGCCGACCUCGGUGGUGGGAGUGGAUGCAUGUAGCAGUGGUCACUAUCACUGCCCAUUAUGUGGAGUAUUGUGUGUUGGGAUGGACACUAGUAGUGGAGGAGUUAAGAUGCAUCUAUUGGGGUGUAGACAGGCUCCUAGGAGGAAGAUGGGGCCUUCGAUGAUUCAAAUUGAUAGAGUCGAUGAGCUGCCAGCAAGAGAUCACGUCCCUCUUGACGACUACAUUGAUGCAUUAUGUAGCAAUGCCUUCAAUGGCCAGGGUCUGGACCUAACGAGGGCCAAAUACACCGUAGUUGGGUCGGGGAUCCCAGGGAUGGUCUUUGGCAUUGUGAGGGGUACUGGAGGAUAUGUAUAUGGCAUCAACUAUAUGGAAGCAGAGCAGUGGUCGGAGGUCACACAUGUUCUUGUUGGCCCUAAGGUCCAUGCUGGGAGUCUACGGAAUAUCUGUCAUACUCUGAGGCAGCUAUCAUUGACGGAUAAGGUCAUUUGGGUGGACUGUAGGGACCUCCUAACACCAACAGACCAAGGUAGUGUUGGGGGAUGGACACCGACCUCUAUAUUAGCAGCAUUGACCUGUAGCAAGAGGACCUUAGGCUCAUCAAGGGAGGCGAGCAAACGAGUAAAAGGUUCUCCAACACGGUCAUCACCACCGGUGACACCUCCCAACACAAGCAUUGUCCCGUCACCACCCACUAGACCUUCCAUCCACAAAACAGCUGAGGAUGACCGUAUACGCAGACCCCUGGUCUUAUGCCCGGUCGUCGUGACUACGUCAAGGACUACCUUCCAACCAGCACCCCAAAUCAUGACACUAUGUGACGCUGACCCUCCACGUGAUGUCGACCUUUCCCCGACAUUUCAAGGCAGUAGAAGGACGUACUUUGAUGGCUCACCACUGGGGGGCGGCGGCGGCCAGCAGCGGCGGCGACGGAGUCCAUCACCCGAAUGUGAUGCACCUAUCAUACCCGGUGUGACAGUCACACCGGGUAAGCAUCGUCAAAGGAGACGGAGGAGAGCUGUCGGGGGUUACAGAGAAGUUGCUGAUGUGAUGACAGCAGCUCCAAGGCGGUCGACUAGGCUGUCCCGGAGUGCGCCCCCAAAGGGAGGCCUAAGUCGAGUCGUUAGUCUCCCGACCUUUGCAACAUGAUGAAUGAUGGAAAUUAGAAUUGCAACCAAUUGAUUAAAUCUGAAAUGAAGGUUUC